UUUUCGAAUGAGAGUAGUCGUCGCUUUUUGUUUCCACGAUGUUACCACGCACAUCGUUUUAACCUAUACAAUGUUUUCCGCGAAAAUCACGCAGUGUGACACGUUUGACUGCGCAGCGAGGUAGAGGAGAAAAUUGAAAAAGAAGAAAAAAAAUGGAAAUCCUGCGCGGCAACUUUUUGAUAAAUACAAAGGAGGAGGCUGUCAUAGCGAACGAGAUUUUCCGGGACUCCGAGUAUGUCGGCUUGUACUUCUCAGCCUCGUGGUGUCCGCCCUGUCAGAUGUUCUUGCCACGGCUCAAGGCGAUGCACGAGGAGGCGCAGUCGCGACAAGUCAAGCUCGAGAUUAUAUUCGUACCCUCAGACUCGGAUAAUCAGCGGAUGACGCGGUUUUUCCUCGAACAUCACGGGCCCUGGUACGCUCUGCCCGUCGGUCCGCUGGCAGUCGAGCUCAGGAGGAAAAUGCAGAUUUUCUCCAUACCCAGUCUCGUUGUUCUCAGUAACAAGGGCAAACUCGUGACGCGCAGCGGAAGGGAGGAUUUGGAGGGCUGCGAGGAUCCGCUCGAGACCUGGUUCAGCAGUUCCGAUAAGAGGAAAAAUGAAUCCUAAACCAGAACCAGCAGCACUUGCAAAUAAAAGCCCUGCAGUCGCCGGGAGAGAAGAGACGCGCGUAAAGAACAAAAGUCAUAAUAUAAUCUCCGCAUAAGACAAAAAGAAACGACGAGCCGAAUCCAGCACGAGGACGCGCGCGAGUAACCGAGCGCAGCAGAGUAUCGGACGACUACAAAAGACAAACCUCAUUAAGGAGGACCCAGCCGAGAAUGAUGAGGGCGCGCAUCAGAGCAAAAAAAAAGAAGGCGAAGAAAUCGAGAGUGGUCACAAUAAAACGUGGAAUAUACAGGCGAGGCGGAGGAGAAGAAUGAGUCAGAGGCGCGAAGGGAGAUGCUUUUCUCCUCGGGUAAAGGUCGAAACAUCGUUGAACGCCAUCGUCGUCGCUUUGUGCCAGUUUGGCCUGAUGCACAAUGCUCGCUGACGUACGCAUCUCGCGAUGUGCGAGCGCACAUACGCAUCAGGAGGAGGAUAAAAGAGCGAGUAUAUCGCGAGAGAAAGACAAAGUGAAAAGGAAGGAGAGAUGCAUCGGUGUGCAGUGUACAUAAUGUGCGAGAGUUUCCUAGGAUCGGUCCGCGUUUAUACGUCUUAGUUCCGCGUACGCAUGUGCGCCGCCGCUUCGGUGUACACAAUGCAUCUUUUAUACGCCGGUAUAUCAUGAUGUGUGUGUGGGGUAUGGGAAGUGAGAAUUCAGGCGAGCGUUUGCGUAAGUUUGCUUGCGGAUGAUUCCUUAUGAAUAUAUGAUUGAUUGCGAUCGCGCGAUUAUAUUAUGCGGAUGUCUAUCAUGACGAUCUUUUUAUUAUUGAACAUCAGAGUUAUUAACUCUGCGGUUCGCGUCAUCCAAUAUUUAUUCGAGUCUGCUGUACAGUAUAACGUUUAUUGGAUCGAAUUUGCGCAAUGGAAUGAUAAUGCGAAAUUGAAAGUUCAUCCCCCUUCACGGAUAUAGCAAUUGUCGAAUUAGAGAAAUACAAUUAUUGGAAAAUUACUCUUGCAUACCGCUCUCUAACACGACGGUUCACUGUCACCUACGUCGAUAUCCUACGAAUACAUAUACAACGAAAGCACACUGCCAUAUCCUCAAAAGAAUCUCUUCCUCAUCUCUCUCCCGACCAUAAGUUCCCAGACCCAUCGCGGAAUCUCAUCCAGCCCUUCGUCAAUCUCAAUACGAGCAUAUACACGAAUCUAUAGGUCCCCAUAAAAACGCCUCGGCAAUACUCCUUGGAACCGCGUGCCGACGCGCGAUAACGCCCCGUGUAUGGUUACACGCUCCCGUCCUUCCUCUCCGCUCGUCCUUGAAAAAUAAAAAAAAAGGAGUCCAACAACGUCGCCCUGAGCGAGCCGAGGGAAAAAAGGGUAUAUAUAAAUACAGGGGCGCGCAAAAAGGGAGAGGCUAUAGGUAUACCAUCAAGGGCUCGUUCUCUUUCUCAAAGAGGAAGCGGAGAGGUAGGUAUAGGCGCUGUUUAAAAAAUGUAGGCUCUACUUUCCGGAGCACUGCGCGUCGGGCCCUGUGCUGCCAGUCAACGGGGGGUGAAUCAAGAAUUUCUCCGGGACGCGAUCGUUAUUUUCUCUCCACUCUACUCUUCUACCCCUCUGCCGCUCAUUCAUCGGCACGACAACUACGUCGACGACGACGAUCAUCGCGUGUAUUUUGCCUAUCGCGCGACUGCUUCUUUCUAAUUCUCUCAUUUUCAAUUUUUAACCCUUGCAGAUUGCACUUGUCAGCCCCCGUGGACUCGCGAGCUGGGAGAGGGCCAUGCCGCUAUUAAAAGUCGCGCAUCAGCGUGAGAUCCUUAAUUUUGACGAUGCAGUUUCGGCUCGUUGCAUACUCGGGAGUGGAAUUAAUUCAGCUGGAUGUGUAUAAUCAACGUUUCUUUGACGAGAGAUAAUAAAAUACGGGGCACAUCGGA